CGGCGGUGGCUGGGUAAGGGCGAGCGGGGUUUUCGCGCGUGCGCGCUCCCGGGACCUGGGGCUGGCUGUCGGCACAAGGAAGUCGGCGCGAACAGCCGGGGGCGGGGGGGCCGAGCGGAGGAGUUCGUUAACUUUAAAACAGGAACAAAAAUGUCGGAGUUUGACGCCAAUCCGUUCGCGGAUCCAGUGGAAAUAAAUCCCUUUCAGGAUCCUUCAGUAACUCAGGUGACUAAUGCCAACCAGCAAGGUAUUGAUGAUUUUAAUCCAUUCACUGAGAAUAGCAGGCUGACUCCUGCUGCAUCAGAUACCAAAGUACUAGCUGGACAGAAGACUACCCCUUCUCAGCCAGCCAUUUUACAGCCUACAGUGGAACCCAGUCCUCAGGCCAAUGCCACAGCUGCACAAUUGGUACUGCUUCGACAGCAGGAAGAGUUAGAAAGAAAAGCUGCUGAACUAGACCGCAAGGAGCAAGAGCUGAAAAAUGAAGGUUAUGAUGCAAAAAGAAAUAACUGGCCCCCUUUGCCUUCAUUCUGUCCCGUCAAACCAUGCUUCUAUCAGGACUUUGCAGCAGACAUCCCAUCAGGCUUCCAGAGGACAGUAAAAAUGUUGUACUACUUGUGGAUGUUUCAUGCAGUCACACUAUUCUUGAACCUUCUUGCUUGCCUGGCUGAAUUUAUUGUUAAUGCAAAAUAUGGAGUCGACUUUGGCUUGGCAAUUUUGUGGUUUUUGCUCUUCACUCCUUGUGCCUUCCUGUGUUGGUAUAGGCCAGUUUACAAGGCUUUCAGGUCUGACAGUUCAUUCAACUUCUUUUUCUUCUUCUUCGUGUUCUUCUGUCAAAUUGCUCUCUAUGUCAUUCAGGCAGUCGGCAUUCCUAACUGGGGUGUCAGUGGCUGGAUUGCAGCUCUAAGUUGGAUAAGAGAGAACCUUGCUGUGGCGGUGGUUAUGAUGGUGGUAGCAACAUUUUUCACAGUGUGUGCAGUUUUGGCUUUGUUUCUCAUGCAAAGGGUACACUCAAUAUUCCGCAGGUCGGGGGCUAGCUUUCAGAGAGCGCAGGAAGAAUUCUCGCAAGGGGUCUUCUCCAACACUGCAGUGCGCAGUGCUGCAGCUUCAGCCGCAUCAGCUGCUGCACAAAGCACCUUCCAAGGAAACUAAUUACUGGGAAUUAUUUCUCAAAGCUUUCCUCUUUGUACGUUCUUUAUAAAGAUGCACUUUCAUUGGUCAAAAUGUGUAUUUUGUGUGUCUACCGAAUAAGAAGGGGGGAAAGAUAUUUGGCUUUAAUUAGAGGGUUUCAACCAGACGCAUUGACAAUAUCAUUGCAUUUCCUGCAUUAAGGAAACAGCUGCUCAACUGUUUUGGGGGUAAAAAAUACAUUUAAAUAUUUAUGUAUGUAUUUUUUUUCAUAUUUUCUUGUCUAUGAAGAAUCAUUGACCAGUGUAUUGAUCAGUGGGGAGGUACAUUUACAGAAAAGGGUAAAUAUCAAACUAACUUUGUCUUUUUAAUUGUCUUCAUCAAGCACAGCACAUUUUAUUAGUGUUUUAGGUAUUGCUCAACACUAUGAUGUUGAUUGCAAGAGAUGGUCAUCUGUUGUAUUCCGUAGCAUUACUUUAGCCUGGUUAAUUAUGUGGGGAGAUACUGGGUGUGAUCAGUUUUUGUUUGGAAUGGUGGCCAGACAAGGGAUUUGUCUUUUUUUAAAAAAAACUCUGGUGGUAAAAGUUACAUCAGAGAAACCUGCCAGCAUUGUGAUAAUACAGCAUUUAUUUUUAAAAGCUUCAAGAAGAUAGUUAAUGUUUGGCCCUCAGUGAUGUUCUUGCGUUCAAAUUGUUUGACUAUUUUAAAAAAAAACAAAUAGGUAUUUAAAGAUGCAAACUUCUGGAAAUAUUCAGCAGGUCAAGCAGCACUGGAAAGAGAACAGAUACUACCAUUUCAUACAUGCACUCUCCCACAGAAGACUUUUUUUCAAAAACAAAAUUGCACAGAAACGAUGAGGAUUAAACAUUAGUGUGCAUACACUUUCCGAUGCUUUAAUACUUUUCAGAUAAAAUUCACUUCAGUUCUGAGCAAAAGCAUCAACUGAUCUGUUCACAGAUGCUGAAUAAACCUGAGAAUUUGAAUCAUAGCUCUCUGGAUCUGAAGAACAUCUUGAAUGUUUCCAUUAUUUCCUUGAUCAAUUUUCUUGAAUCUGAGUUUUGUGCAUAUUUAAAGCCAUGCUUUUAGGCAAUGGUGGUAUUAGAUGGGUGGUUUUUCUUCCUUUAUCAAAAGAACUUCUGCUCAGAAACACUAAUGCCCUUGUAAGAAUCACUUCAAACUGUCCCCUUUUUUAAAUGAAGUAUUUUGGAAAGGGGGGGGGGGGGAAUGUUUGAAUGAAGUUUUAGUUUUAAGGAGGUUAAUUAGCUAGAUUUGAUGUCUACUCUAAAUUAUGUAGUAAAUAAAUUAGUCUUAAUUCAUUCGGAUCUUAAAUUCACCUCAUUUUACAUACCUGUAUUUAAUCAUUCUGAUGAUCAUUUUGUAAACAGUGUUCUCUGUAACUGGGAUCUCGACUACCAAAGCUCCUCUCUCUCUCUUGGGUUUUGGCCAGUUUUUGCAUAUGGUUGUGCAGUCAAACUGCUGGCAACAUUAAUAACCAGCCAUGUCAAUAAACAACUUCCAAAUUAGGAUGCCAUGUGGUCUGAAUUACUGUUGUUUCUAACAUCUAGAUGGUGUACAAGUUUUAUUUUUAAAACUUUUUGCUUUUAACCUUUUGGCCAUACCCCCUCCAAAAAAAAAUCUUCCUCAGGCAGGAGAAAAAAAGUUUAUUUUUGAGCAAUAUGUAUAUAUCUCUUUCUGUCUCUUGCUUUCCUCCUAGACAACUGGUUAAAUUCAAGCUGAUAGGAAGCCACAGGUAGGCAUUGGUUCAGACUGGGAUUUGGCCUCUGGGGAAUGAGUUAGCAGUCCUGAAUGACCCAGAACAUGUUGCUUAAGGCCCUUUCUAAAUGUCAACUUAACUAAUACUCCCAUGAAAAGGAAUCUUCUCAGACUUGAUCCUUCAGAUUCUUGAGUUUGGGUGAACUAUUUUCUGCUUUUCAGUGUAAUUACCACUGAAACAUUAGAAUACAUAGAAAAUAUAGCUGCAGCAUUCCUGUUUGAAUUAUUCAAAUUUCUUUUUUUUUCCUCCUUGCAGGUUAGUUUGGCAUAGAACAGGUGCUGUACUACCAACUGAAUGAGUACAUGAGCUUAGCACAAAACUAAACAGAAUGAGUACAGUAUCAAUUUAGGGACUGUCACCCUUUAGCUUCAGAGCUCUUGGUUUACAGGACUUGCCUCCAUUAUUUGAGUAUUGUAUUAAAAUCGUAUCAAUGUGACCUGAUGUAAUUUUUUUUUGAUUUUUGACAAAUGUAAGUGGGAUGUUCAUCUACUUGAACAAACUUUCUGAUGGAAUGUAUGGUGUUAGCCUGUCACUGUUUAUAUAAAAAAAAAUCCAUGCAAAUGUCCUUUAAAACAUUUGUGUUUAAAUAAAAAACCUUUAUCUCA